AAUUACAUUGUUAAACUACUUUGUUUCUUUGACACAGAUCCAGAGGGUGUGAAGCUGAAUCUGCUUGUGUGUGGGAGUAACAGAGAAUUAAAAUCCUUCAUAUCAAACCUGAUCCUGAAGCAGAGCGAGAGAAGAUCAGAGCAGAGCUCAGAGUGUGUGAGGAGAGACGUGGAGCUUGAUGGACGUCUGAUCUGUCUGGUGGAGCUUCCAGCUCUGUUCAACACUCAGCUCUCAGAGGAGGAAGUGAUGCGUCAGACUCACCGCUGUGUGUCUCUCUGUCAUCCUGGAGUUCAUGUGUUCAUCAUCAUCAUUCCUGAUACUCCACUUAAUAAUGAAGACAGAGCAGAAAUAGAGGAGAUCCAGAGGAUCUUCAGCUCAAGAAUCAACAAACACAUCAUGAUCCUCAUAAAGCAGGAUUCAGAUCAUCAGACAGAAGAACUAAAUGAAGAAACACAGUCUGUCAUUGAGAGAUUUGGAGGAAGACAUCAUUUCAUCGACCUGAACACACAAGUGUCUGUGUUGAUGGAGAAACUGGAGCAGAUGAUUGAGGAAAACAGUGGUGAUUGUUUCUCCACAGAGAUAUUGAUGGAGGCACAGAUGGAGAAACUGAAGGAAUUAGAAGAAAUUAAGAAGAAAAUCCAUUCAUUAGAGACAUGGUUUCAGUCAGAUUCAAAAGAAAGAGAAGAUGAACUGAGGAUUGUGCUGCUGGGAAAAACUGGAGUUGGGAAAAGUGCAACUGGAAACACCAUCUUAGGAAGAGAAGUGUUUAUAUCAGACAUUUCUGAAGAGUCUGUUACUAAAGUGUGUCAGAGAGAAACAGCUGAAGUCAACGGCAGACACAUUACUGUGAUCGACACUCCAGGACUGUUUGAUACUGAACUCAAUAAUGAAGAAAUCCAGAGAAAAAUAAGCAACUGUAUCCCAAUGAGCCUGCCUGGACCACAUGUGUUUCUCUUAGUGAUACCACUGGGACGAUUCACUGAAGAAGAACAAACAGCAGUGAAGAUCAUCCAGGAGACGUUUGGAGAAAACUCAUUAAUGUUCACCAUGGUGCUCUUCACCAGAGGAGACUUUCUGAAGAACAAAAUCAUUGAACAGUGUUUGGGAAAACUUGGAUCUCCUUUGAAUCAGCUGAUUGAAACAUGUGGAAACAGAUUCCAUGUGUUCAAUAAUGAGACUGGAGACCGAACACAGGUGAAUGAUCUACUGCAGAAGAUAGACAACAUGCUGAAAGUGAACGGAGGGAGUUACUACUCAUGUAAGAUGUUCAGAGAGAUGGAGAGACAAAUACAAGAACAGCAGAAGAACAUACUGAUGGAGAAAGUGGAGCAAGUGAACAGAGAAAAAGAAGAACUAAUGAAUAACCAUGAAGAAGAGAAACAGAGGAUGAAGAUGAAGGGGAAAAGGAAAAAAAAAGAAAGAAGAAAAGGGGGAAAUAGGGAGAAGAGAUAA